GAUGACAUCGUCGCUGUAUGUGCCUGGGACAACCAACUACGGCGAUGUAGGGUCGAAGAUAGUGACAGAAACUAUACCAGAAUCAGACUACGGUGAUAUUGGAUCGACAUCAAUAUAUGAAUCCGUGGCAUCCACAAACCACGGCGGCAUCGGCACGAUUACGAUCUCAGAGACAGUACCACGGACACCAACCUUUGUAACGCCAACUGCCACCGUUGUGACGAACUCAGAGGGUGUAAUCACGACUUCAACGAGCAUCCCGGAACCCAUCUCAACACCUCAAACGACUACUCUCACCGACUCCCAAGGCCAACCCACAGCCACACAAGAAACCAGCGUGCUCGUCACGCCCUCCGUCAUAACCCAGACAGAUUCGACUGGGAAGCCCGCCGCAACAGCAACAUUAUACCCGAUAAUUCCUCCUCCAUCGGACGAUGGCGAAGACAACAACAGCAACGUUGUAACGAAGGUCUACCAUAUCAACCAUGUGCAAUACUUCAUCGGCAGUUUCCUACCCACGCUCCUAGCCAUCGCUCUGGCGAUCCCCGUCCGCAUCCUCGACGUCAAUGCGAAGAUCCUGCAACCAUGGCACGAGCUGGCGCAUGACCGCGGGGCCUCCGGUCGGGAGUCGCUAUGUCUGAAUACUUCAGGCCUGCAGUCUAUUACCGCAAGUUUGCGCUCGCUAGUUGGUGGCCAGGCUCUCGUGUUCCUGACGACCGUGCUUGUGCUCGCCUCUGCACUGCUGAUCCCUGUCUCUGCUGAAGCUGUCAAGUUUGACUUGCGCGGCAUUGGGUGCGUCGCGGGCAGCGGAAAUGCCAGCAAUUGCGCCUAUGUGCUCAGCGUGUUCGACCAAGCGGCUAAGGGUACGGCUGUAUUGUUGGCGUUGAUGGGCCUGGCGACCUUGAUGCUGAUCAUAGUGUUGGCGCGAUGGCGCUCUGGAAUUAGCACAAACCCUUGGAGUAUCUGUGGAACGGCAUCGCUGUCGCUGAACCCGGAUGUGCGGCUCCUCUUCACGAGCCUGCCUGCCGGCAUUGACGCGGGUAAGAUGCCUAAGAGUCUUCUCGAGUCUGUUCUAGAGGAUCGGUGGUUCAAACUGGGGUACUUCUACGGUGCGAACGGGACGGUUGAGUACGGAGUUAUGCUACGUGAAAAUGCGUAUAGUAAUAAGUACGCUCCAGGUCAAAUAGGGGGCGAAGAAAAAGAGCCGCAAGAUCAUCACGCAGCACCGACGGAACCGAAGCAUCACUUGCCUUUUCUUAUGUUAGGGUAUAUAGGACGAGGCUUGUUCUUAUUUAUCCUAUGUGGGCUACUGGGUCUAAUAUUAUACUACAACAACACUGGCGGAGAUACAGCGUUCGAGAGGUUUAUGGAUAGCGAGUCGUUCGGAGUACGGUUUUUGUUUACCGCCGUCGGUGUUGUUAUUAGUUUCUUCUGGGCCUCAUUCUUCAGUAGCAUCGCUAUUCUAAGCCCCUAUCAGCUCUUGGCCAGUUCACCCCAACAUGCCCGGCGAUCAAUUCUACUUGCGCCACCAACCAAUGCAUUCUCGGGGCUCCUAUCCUCAAUACGACGACGUCACGGUUUCCUUGCCGUUGUUGCGUUAACUUCCAUCCUAUCCGAGUUCCUAACUAUCUUCCUCAGCAAUAUCCCUUACCGGGUCACCCAGACCUUCCUACUACAUCAGGUCUGUACGUGGUCUGCUGUUGGCAUCCUCUGCAUCAUGGUGCUCGUUGUCGUUGCCUCCUUCUUUAUCACUUGGCCGCAUAUGCCUGUCGAUCCAAGUACCAUCGCGGGAGCUAUGUACUAUGUAUGUGAUUCGUGGAUGCUUAGCCGUUUUGAGGGUUUAAGUACAUUAAAGCGUAAGGAUAGAGACUGGCGCGUUAAUGAGAUGGGGCUAAAGUACGAGUUUGGGGAAAUCAGAGGCGCCUCAGGCAUAGCGCGAAUCGGCGUGGAUGCAUCGGCAUCGUCUGGGGGUAUGAGUUGGGCGUAAUGAGCUUGAAUUAAUCAAUCUACCUGAUAUAUCUAUACAUACCCCAGUCCGAUUAUAUGGCAUAGCACAAGC